UAUUUGUUGAUUGGAAUCCGCCCUCCAGGAAGGCGGCCAGACUCAGGGACCAUGAGCUCCCCGCCAGCCCCCCCAGGACCCACCGAUUCCGAGCGUUAGGGCUGCCGCCUCUCUCGCCCGGACGGGCUUGCUGCGCUUCCUGCCUUGUGUUCCUCUCCACCACCUUCAGGUGUGCGCUCUGGCUUCUUGCUUCCCAGUCUCGCGCUGCUGGCGGGAGGUCCGACCGGAAGCUCGGUCCUCCCUCCUGAGCGCCCCGCAGUGGGAGAGCAGAAGAAGCAGCAGCCCAAGUCCAGCUCCCAUCGCCCAGACAGUGAAGCGCUGUCCAGCACCUCCGACCCCUUGCCUCACCCGAGACGGCGAGGGGUUCAGCUUCUUCCUCGCUGUACAUGCAUAGGACAGGCAGAGGGCAGAGCCUGGUGACCGCCUCAGCGCUGCCUGCCUCUGCGAUGCUGAAGACACUCUCCCCGCUGGGCCGCACACAGAAGAUUCGAAUUUCCAGAGUUUGUAAGCUUUGGAAGAUGCUCGCUGAACAUUCUGAACCGUGGAAACGUGUGCCUGACACCUUACUGGCCUUGCCUGCUUAGUGCUGGGACUGUCUGCGCGUGGAAGCCCAAAGGAAGACUCCUGGCAGCUGACUUACUGACCAUGCAGCCCCCGGAAUCAGUGACGUUUGAAGAUGUGGCUGUGGACUUCACCCGGGAGGAGUGGGCCCUGCUGGACACGUCCCAGAGGAGGCUCUUCAGAGACGUGAUGCUGGAGAACAUCAGCCACCUGGUCUCCCUGGGGUGUCAGCACUGCCCUUCGGGUGUGACUUCCCAGCUGGAGCAAGAAGAAGAGCUGCGGAGUGAGGGGCCGGGACCCCUCCCCGGCCCGGGUGCAGGCAGGGAAACUGCCAUUAAAAAUCCAGAGGUGGUAGCCACGCGACAUAGCCGCGGGAAGGGUGUGUGGGCCGCUGGGCCCCUGCGGUCCCCUCACACUCCAGAGGAUCCCGACGAAUAUAAUGAUCUGGGAGAGUUCACUCAUAGCUGCACAGUGACUCAGCGCUUGCUAAUGCACAUGGAAAAGAAGCCCUGUAUCGGCAAACAGGGUCAGAGCUCCCUUAGAGACCAGUCAUACCUUAACUCGCAUAAGCAGACUCACACCAGAGGCAAAUCGUAUGAGUGCCACCUCUGCGGGAAGGCCUUCAGUAACUGCUCCAGCCUCAGGCGGCACGAGAUGACUCACACUGGAGAGAAGCCGUACGAGUGCCACCUCUGCGGGAACGCCUUCAUCCAAAGCUCAGACCUUAGGAAGCACAGCCUCACACACACUGGAGAGAAGCCGUACGAGUGCCACCUCUGCGGGAAGGCCUUCAGCCAGUCCUCGAACCUCAGACAGCACGAGAGGACGCACACCGGCGAGCAGCCGUACGAGUGCCGGCAGUGUGGGAAGGCCUUCGGCAAGUGCUCCGCCCUGCGGCGGCACGAGAGGACCCACACUGGCGAGAAGCCGUAUGCAUGUCAGCUGUGCGGGAAGGCCUUCAGCCAGUGCUCGGCCCUGCGGCGGCACGAAGGGACCCACAGCGGAGAGAUCAUGAGUGCCUUCAGCAAGUAUUCGGACCUGAGAUGACGUGGGUGUCCCAGGGUCGGGAAUGUGGAAGAACGUCAGUCGUAGCUCUAAUGUGUAAACACCCUCAAGGGCUCACGUGCUGCAGAAGCCCUGUCUGCGAUCAGUGCAGAAGAUCCUGCGGGCGUCCCUACUCGCCCGACAUCUGCAAAUACCGUAGAGGAGGAUCCCUUUGUGUGGCAUCUCCGUGGCAGAGCCUUCAGCCGGUGGCCUGGCCACGGUGGCUGUAGGACAGCGCGCACCAAAAAUACAAGGGACACCCAAGUCUUCGGCCACAGCCCUAAACUUGACCCUGGAGACACAGGGGAGACCCCUCGGUCUGUGGUCAGUGUGGGGGUGCUUUCGCUUAGAACCCCUCGUUGAGCAGCACAAGCAGACCCCACUGGGAGGACGCUUCAGUCCGCAGUUGCUGAGACUAGGCAUUCAGCCAGGCGUGGCGCGCACGGGGGAAGUGGUGGAGCGACCUCUAAAACAGGGCGGCGGGCUCAGGCCUCUCGAGGAAUACCAGCAGUUCACCCUCGGGAAGCGAUUUGGUGAAAACUUCUGAGGGUUCAAACCGCACAAAACGCUCUCAGUGUCACGAAAGAGGGGUGUCUUCGGGGACCACUUGUUCACAGCCAACAUGACAGUUGUCACACCGAGACGAGCCGUCCUAAAAGCAAAGCGGACAGGCCCUCAGCUCAAUUUCACUCCAGAAAACUCAGAACUCAGUCUAGUGAAAAAAUAAACCCUCUAAGAGAGCCUCUUAACUACUAUUUAUCAGAUGAUUCAGAAUUUUGAGAAAAAUAACUAUUCAUGGGGAAAAUUUGGCAUCUGGAUGCCAGAGAGUGUGUGAUCUGGAAAUACUCGGUGUCAACUUUUGUAAGAAAUUAGAAUCAUCUUUGUCCGUGGAUUCCUGUUGUAAAUAUUAAACAACAAACCCU